AUAUUCAGUAUUACUGGGUGCAGACUGGAGAACAGCUAAGCAUAAAAAAGUAUAGUGAAUUGUUCAACCAUGAUAGUGCACUUACUUAUUACGCUUCUGUUCGUUACCACAGUUCUUUGCAUUCCAUCACUUUCAAUAAGUUCUGAUGGAGACUACAUAAGAAAACAUAAAGACGACAACCUGGGCGCGCACCAUAAUGCCAAAUACGCUAGUGCUCACGGAGCUGACGGAUUCAGGAGCGGAGCAGAAGAUAGUUACUCAAAACAACGCGAGUCCGGUGGAUAUGCGGCGAUAGAUGAAGACAAAAAUCAUCACCUGGACACAGGUAAUUACGCCGAUCAAAAUUUUAAUAAGCACGAAGGUGGAUCGCACGCGAACGCCGCCUCGAAAUCCUCGCAGAGGAAAGGCCACCACAAUUCCGGCUUUCAUAACACUUACCACAAAGACGAAAGCAGCAAUAAGUCCAGUUAUUAUGACGAAAACGACGAGGAAGGUGGUAACGAACACGAGAAGAGCCAUUCCGGAGCGCACGGUGUUUUGAAAACUUCAGAUGACGAAAGAGGGCACUAUGACGAUUCAUAUAAGCAGAGAGAGAACUACGAGAAAAAUAAACACGCCGCAGGAAGACGUCGCCUUAAGAGUGCCGAGGAUAACGUAAACUACAACCACGACAAGGUCUACGCAGACAACGACCACUUCGACAAAGUACGCGAUGGUACCCACGACAGAGUUUCAAGCGACUACUACAGGGAUAAGCAUUACCAUCCAGGACACGGUCACCGCGUUUUGUACGACACCUUCGAUCACCCCGACAAAUCGACCAUUACCAUUUACGAAGAUCCUCACGUGCACCCUGACAGACUUCAUCAUGAAAGGCAUCAUCGCGACGGUCAUGACUUGGAUGACGUUCACCUGAGAGUUGUUCCGUCACAUGCAAGAUUUGACUACGAUGAUUACUAAUUUCAUCCGUAUGAAUUAGCUUCUUUGCGUUUGUUCAACCAUUCAUAGUUUGUUAUUGUAUGGCCGUGGGACAUUUGAAGCAAAGAAUAAAAUAAAAACAUGAACAACGGA